AGAGAGCCUCAGAAAAGUACAUCAUUAGUUAGGAAAAAUAAGUGGUUUGCAACAUUGUGAUACUGAUGCAGGCUGAGAGCUCUGCUAGCCAUGGAACCCCCGCUCACAAGCUGCUGUUUUAUACCGUUGGAUGAUUAUUCACUAACAUUUCCAUUUUCAAGCAUUAACAUCCCAAUCCCAAAUGCCUGACAUCAUUCAUCACUCCCCAAGUUUAUACGAUUUCAAAUCACAAAAUGUCUGAAUCCAGUAUUCGGCUGAACGAUUCUACUCAGCUCAUACCCGAUUACUCGAAUAACCCAUUUUUCUUUCCCGGUGGAAUAUUCCUGGAUUCUAGCGCAAUUCCUUCGUCAAUUAUCAAUAAAAUUGUCGGCGAAGUUUCUUGUUACAGUCGCCCCGUGCAAUCUCGGAGAAAACGGGGCGAGUUUUUGUGUUUAAGUUUGUCUGUUAAAGGGAAAGAUAGAGCAAUUAGCAACUCGGCGGAAUCUGCGGGAAGUAGUGAGCGUAAUGAGGCGGUUGGCAGGGCCGUGACGAAGCCGGAAAAGGGGGUCAAGAUUAGGCUAAGGGGCCAGGGGGCGAUGAACACUACCAAGCAUUUGUGCGCUGGUGCUGUGGCUGCAAUGGUUUCAAGAACUUGUCUUGCUCCACUCGAGAGGCUGAAGUUGGAGUAUAUAGUUCGUGGCGAGAAAGGGGACUUGUACAUGCUCAUCAAAAGAAUAGCAACCACGCAAGGCUUGAGAGGCUUUUGGAAGGGAAAUUUUGUUAACAUACUGCGCACUGCACCUUUCAAGGCAAUUAAUUUCUGUGCUUAUGAUACAUACAGAAAGCAGCUUCUAAAAUUAUCCGGAAAUGAGGAAACCACGAAUUCUGAGAGAUUUAUUGCGGGUGCUGCAGCUGGUAUCACAGCUACUGUCCUCUGCUUGCCCCUGGAUACUAUCCGGACCAGGCUUGUGGCACCUGGGGGGGAAUUACUGGGUGGAGUUAUUGGCGCUUUUCGACAUGUUGUUCAAAAUGAAGGGGCUCUUUCUCUUUACAAGGGGUUAUUGCCCUCAAUUCUAAGCAUGGCACCCUCAGGUGCAGUGUUUUAUGGCGUAUAUGACAUAUUGAAAUCAGCUUAUCUGCAUUCACCUGAUGGAAGAAAGAGAAUUCAGAAUUUGAAAAAACAGCAUCAAGAAUUGAAUGCUUUUGAGCAGCUGGAAUUGGGACCGGUGAGAACUCUAUUACACGGUGCCAUUGCAGGUGCUUGUGCUGAAGCUGCUACCUACCCAUUUGAGGUCGUGAGAAGGCAGCUCCAACUGCAAGGCCGUGCAACUAGGUUGGGUACAUUUGCAACUUGUGCCAAGAUAGUUGAGCAAGGCGGUGUCCCUGCUCUUUAUGCAGGUCUUAUUCCCAGCUUAUUACAGGUACAUCUUACAGUAUUUACCUUAUUUCUCCCCUUCUUUGAAAUGUUGACACAAAGCUUCUCCUCAUUAUGCCUAAGAUCAUUUGUUUCUCUUUGUUGGGACUCUUCCAUAAUUUUCUUGAAUAGUAGAAACGAAAUCUACGGAUAUUGUUUUCAUGGUUCUGUUUAUCCUUCUUAUUUUGCAUCUGAAUGAAUUCAGACACAAAUGUACUUGUUAUGUGACUGAAGCACAGGCUUCGUUAAGUAAUAUGCUUAUGAUUUGGGAUACCCGGAGAAAGUAAGAAACCUAGGCAGCAGAUAGCUAGAAUUCCAUUACACUACCUCAUGAACUUGAAUAUAGUGCCUAUUGAAUCACUGAAUCACCAAAACUCAAUUAGCUAAUUUUUAUUCAACCUACUUAUUGAUGACUGCGUGUACAUUGUAUCAGAAAAUUCUAUAUGGAAUAUCUGUUUCGAUCUGUCAUUUGUGCUUGCAUACUCUUUUGCACCUCCAAAAUAGAUGUAUGGAAUAUCAGUAAAAUAGAGUAGAUGGUUGGAAGUAGAGUUUAAAUUCUGCUGUAAAAAUAGAGAUGUCUUCUGUAAAAUACAUGCAACCCUUGAUUGUUGCGUUGUUCAUGUCUGGCUUGAAUUAUUUAAUCAUUCUCUAUGGUUUGUUAAUUGAGUUGAGGAGAAUUAAUGAUGAUUUGUGUAAAAUAUAGUGCAUAUGUUGAUCACAUACCUUAUUGGUUGUAUGUCAGGUAUUACCUUCGGCUUCAAUAAGCUUCUUUGUUUACGAGUUCAUGAAGAUUGUUCUAAAGGUUGGAUGAAGUGACAAAGUAGUGACAGGAAUUUAAUUUGGAAAUUCAUAUAUUAUUGGUGGGGAAGAACAGCAUGUUAUUCUCGCUGCUAAAAAUCUCUUCCAGCAUGAUUCAUUAUGACUGUUGUAGUGCUUUUCUUGUUGAUUUGGUGUACCCUCACAUGUAUAGUACUCACUCCGGUGAUUAGGGCUGAGCUUUCCACCGAUUUGAACACAAUAUUAACAUCAUACCACUCAAUAACAAAUUGAAAACUUAGACAAUCUUUGAAA